AUGGUAUGGACCGUUCUGGCCGCACCAAGAACCUCCUACGAUGCUCCUUACUCAGAGCUGGAACAGCUGCCUGAGCCGUCCACUACGCCUACAUUCUGGGAGAAAUUGAAAGAGAAGCCACCACGACAGGAAAUGCUGAACACGAGAUGGCGCGGCAUAUUGGUUAUCGACAGCCUGAAAGAGAAGAUUUUCUACAACAAGAAUAUUUUCUUUAUAUACCUCCCUUGUGCUCUCAUGACGACCGCCAUCGUCACCGUGUUUACCCCACACAGCGGUAGUCAGAACAUGGAUUACCAACCCUUGGUGCCUGGACCUCGCUACUCCCACAACUUCACCUCUAACUCGGCAGAAUGCGCAGGUCAAGGCGAGGGAAACGUGUCCGGCGCAUACAGAUGGCCUCUGGGAAAUGAUACCGCGUUCUUUGCUAGGUAUCAGGGCGACUGUCCCCCAGUGCGUAUCACUUCGCAUGUUUCCAACAUCAAUUCCGAGAGCCCCGACAAAUACGCUUAUGUCGACGCCGGUGUUGCGGUUGAUCGAUCGGCACUGGGAGCUUCAGCGCAGCUCUAUCGUGGUCCAGAAUUUCAGAAACUUGAUCAGAAGCAUGGUCAGUUCCUGAGGAGCACAACCCAAUGUGUCCCAGUCAUGGCGUCAAACCCUGUAACUUGUACGAAGGGAGGCGGUAAGCUGAGAGUUGGAGACAACCCCAAGUCUCUAUACUUUGUCUCAGACAGUCCGACAUAUGGCCCAAAGCCCAUUACGCGACCGGUAGAGUUUGCAGCUAGAAGCUUCAACGAAAGCAGCGGCAUGGUCAAUUAUCUCUGGAGAGAUCGUCGGAACAACACCAUCGGACAAGGAAUUAUGGUCUGGAGCGCCUACAACGACCCUAAGGGCAAGACCCUCUUUGCAAAGGAUCUUGCGCGCACUAUCAACGAUCCUAACAGGACAGCUGGUAGUGGGGGUUCAGAGACCCGCCGCCUAAGUGGUGGUGAGACAUGCGUCCCAGAAAAGCAGACCGUUGGAAAUGUCCACUAUGUUGCAGCCACAACAUCCAUGUACAACAUGGUGAUGGAGAAUUAUGGUCUUGAUGGAUACUUCUCAACUGUCCAUCGCGUUGCCGGAGAAGACCGGCGUCCCCCAUACGCGUUCAGCAAUAGUGAAAACGGGUUGGAGGAUGCACUCGGUGUUAUUGCUGCCCUCGGCGUUGCCAACAUGCAUCUAGACGACCCCGUUGUGGCUAACUCAGUUGGCAGCAAAGGAAAGGCUAUAGCGGUUAUUGAGAUCAACCAACUUGGCGGUAACCGCCUCUUGCUUUUUGCCCUUGUGCCCCCAGUUGUUGCGUUUUUCAUAUUGUCUGUUUUAAAAGGAAUGAUGUGA